CAGUAGUGGAAAGACGAGCGAUCAACGCACACUCGAACACCUGCUCCAUCAAGAUGCCAGCGGUAAUCACAAAGCGCCGCGACGACGUAGAUGGCAGCGAUAACCCAUCGAAAGGCUGCAUGGGCGAUGUGGAAUCCCUCAAUCCUCUAGACAUUGCGCUUGGUCCUGUGAUCGGAAACGGAGCAUUCUCAACUGUCUUCUCCGCGACGUACAAGGGCCAGCGCGUGGCACUCAAGCGUCAAGCUUAUGGGGCGCACAUUUUGCGUGAGCUGUCCAUCCUGAAGCAAAUAGAUCACCCAAGUUUGCUUCGAUACAUUGGCUCGUGCGAGUACACCCACCAGGACACCAAGGAGGUGUGGAUUCUGUCCGAGUUUGUCGGCGGCGGCGACGUGAGCAAGUACUUGAAGGGCAAAAAAUCCCCGCAUCUAACGUGGAAGGAGACAGUCCAGAUCGCGCUGGAUGCCGCCGACGGACUGCGCUACAUGCACGAGAAAGGGAUCAUCCACCGCGACGUGAAAGCUGCCAACAUGCUCCUGGAUGAACACUUGCGCAUUCGUCUUUGCGACUUUGGAUUCGCCCGCGAAGUGGCCUCCGAUAACAACCCGCCGCCGCCGCAGGAUCCAUCCAUCGACUGCGGGCUCCCGAAGCGCGAGCGCCGCAUGUCCCUCUGCGGCACAGACACGUACAUGCCCCCGGAGAUGCUAUUUGAAGAAGAUUACAAUGAAAGUGCCGACAUUUUCAGCUAUGGCAUCGUGCUCAUGGAGCUUCUUUGUCGGCGUCAUGUCAACGAAGAUGGGUUUCUCAAGCGCCAACCUGCCAAGAACUUUGCGAUCGACAUGGACGAGUUCCGCGCCGGCGUCCGUCCGACAUGUCCGUCGUCGUUGGUGCUCCUGGCUGAAAACUGCACAGCGUUUGAACCAACGAACCGACCGACGGCGCGAGAAGUGGUGGAAUGGCUCGAAGACCUCCAGAAAGACUUGGACAUCAACCAAAAGCAGCAGCAGCUCAUGUUGCGUAAGGCGUCAUCCGUGGAUAGCUUCUACGAUGACAACGAAAGCGAGUCGCUUUCCAGUGCCCACGUGGACACAGUCGUGGACGAUCGAGCUGGUGGCCACGACGAUGGGUCUUGGAUUUCGACUCAUCAUCAUGAAGACGAGUUGCAUUUCGACGAGACGUCCGCGCCUGCGUACGCGGGACCGCUGCUCAUGGCGCAUGGCCCCCUGCGUCGAUGGCGGCAUCGGUGGAUCGUCCUCCAGGACUCGACGCUGUCGAUUUUCAAAAAUCUCAAGCACUUUCAAUCGAUGAACGACCAAGGAACGCCCAAACUGGACGCGACGCCGUUGGCAGGGUGCCGUGUCAAGCAGAAACCCGCGAAUCGGCGGUGGACGCUGGAGCAUGCUGCAGUCGGUGGCGUCAAGUGGACGUUCCGGGCGUCCACGGCGCACGAGCUGCAGCUGUGGGUGGCUAUGCUCACCCGAGCCAUCCACGUGGCAGACUAUCUGGCUGGCCAAGAGCUAGCCAACGGCGAAAGCCCCCCUCCCCCAGUCGACCCCACCGACGAGAUCUACACGUGGCUCGACUCGCUCGACUUGGCGUGCUACUUUCAAACGUUCAAGUCCAAGGGAUUUGCCACGCUCGACUACCUUCGAGAGACGGGGCUCGGGGACGACGAUUUCAACUUUCUCAACGUCCACGACGCAAGUCACCGACAGCGCCUUGCCCGUGCCGCUCUAGUAUUGCGUGGAGAAGAAGAAGAAGAUGUAGUAGUAGGCUAGCCCACGGCCGGUUGAUGUGUGGACAGAAUUGUAGAUCAGUACAGGAUACAUACAUAAACACAAAUGUUACAAUAUUGUCGUGGCGUGGCUUCGUUCCUGUUGGGUCCAUUCGUCGUCCGCGGCGUACUUGGCGUACGUGCAUG